CCCCUUGAAGACCUCCAUCCUGCCUCGGGACACUGCCUGAUCCCCCUCCAUUCUCCACCCUCCCCGCCCCUCCCGCUGUUCCUGACGGAAUCUAAUCUACUCCGGACCCUUCCCCUUCCCCUCUCUGCCCCCACCAUCCCCUUACCAUGCGCCCCCUUCGUCCCUGCUCGUCCUGCUGCUGUCUGCUCCUCUUCUUCUCCCUGGGAAUCCAGGGAGCCCCAGAGGUUCCCAGCGCUGCCCCCGAGCAAGUCCACCUAUCCUACCCAGGGGAGCCGGGCUCCAUGACUGUAACCUGGACCACAUGGGUCCCAACCCGCUCUGAAGUGCAGUUCGGGAUGCAGCCCUUGGGACCCCUGCCCCUCCGGGCCCAGGGCACCGUCAGCACCUUCGUGGACGGGGGCAUUCUCCGGAGGAAGUUCUACAUACACAGGGUCACGCUGCGGCGGCUGCUGCCGGGGGUCCAGUAUGUUUACCGCUGUGGCAGUGCUCAGGGCUGGAGCCGUCGGUUCCGCUUCAGGGCCCUAAAGAAUGGACCGCACUGGAGCCCCCGUCUGGCUGUGUUUGGGGACCUGGGGGCUGACAACCCGAAGGCCCUGCCCCGGCUGCGCAGGGACACCCAGCAGGACAUGUACGAUGCUGUUCUCCAUGUAGGAGACUUUGCCUACAACAUGGAUCAGAACAACGCUCGCGUCGGGGACAGGUUCAUGCGGCUCAUCGAACCUGUGGCCGCCAGCCUGCCAUACAUGACGUGCCCUGGGAACCACGAAGAACGCUACAACUUCUCUAACUAUAAGGCCCGCUUCAGCAUGCCGGGGAACACAGAAGGCCUGUGGUACAGCUGGGAUCUGGGCCCGGCGCACAUCAUCUCCUUCUCCACCGAGGUCUAUUUCUUCCUCCAUUACGGCCGCCACCUGGUAGAGAGACAGUUUCACUGGCUGGAAAGGGACCUCCAGGAAGCCAACAGGAACCGUGUAGCCCGGCCGUGGAUCAUUACCAUGGGUCACCGGCCCAUGUACUGUUCCAAUGCUGACCUGGAUGACUGCACGUGGCAUGAGAGCAAGGUCCGCAAAGGCCUCCAUGGCAAGUUCUACGGGCUGGAGGAUCUUUUCUACAAAUAUGGGGUUGACCUGCAGCUGUGGGCUCAUGAGCACUCGUACGAAAGGCUGUGGCCAAUUUACGACUACCAGGUGUUUAAUGGCAGCCAAGAGAUGCCCUACACCAACCCUCGAGGCCCUGUCCACAUCAUCACAGGAUCCGCCGGCUGUGAGGAGCGGCUGACCCCCUUCACCCUCUUCCCCCGGCCCUGGAGCGCCCUACGUGUGAAGGAGUAUGGAUACACGCGGCUACACAUCCUCAAUGGAACCCACGUCCACAUCCAGCAGGUGUCUGACGACCAGGAUGGGAAGAUUGUGGAUGACAUCUGGGUGGUGAGACCCCUGUUGGGCCGGAUGAUGUACCUCUAGGGAUGAGGGCAGCUCUCAUCAGGAACCAUGGGCAUUGCUGCCUUGGCUGGUGUGACCUGACACUGCCCAGGCCCUGGACAGGGAGUCGGGGCGGGCCUCAAGUCCUCUGCCCUCCGGAGGCCCGGUGUAGGGGGGAUUCAGCCCGGAGGGAGCUGGGGCAGCUCUCCCCUCCCGGGGAGGCAGGGGUCCCGGCUGGCUGUGUCGGGAGGACACGUGUGCAGGACAGUGGAACUGGGCAGGUCUUGGGUGACACGGCCCUGCCGCCUGCAUAGCACCGCUGGGCGGGGUGCCCCUGGGGCGUCGGGAAUAAAGAGGCCCGUGCUGUGGCUCCGUGGACUCUGCACAUCUGCUGGGGGUGCCUGCUGGGCCAUCACCUCUCCCACCCACAGGGGCAAGGGCAUCGCUGGUCCCAAGUCAGCGGGUGGGCAUGGCUGUCAUGACACCACUGUCCAGCAGGUGGCGUUGGUGACUUUCUCCUCCUAGGCAGCCCCCAAGGCCAACCCCAGGCCUGGCUCCAAUGGCCGGAGGAAUGCUAACCAGCGUCCCUUUGUGCCUCAGUUUCCCAGCCUGGCACCGACGUAUCCUGGAAGGGGGGAAGUGUUAACACUCCUGCCUCCUAGCUGGGCGGCUGACGAGCCUCAGGAGCUCACAAACCUGCUGUUUUCUUCCCUUUUUCCUUUCCCUUCCUCCCCCCAUCUCCUUUCAUUUACUCAACGAUUAUUUAUUGCACACCUACUGCGUGCCAGGCCCUGUGCUCAGUACCAGGGAUACAGCCAUGAACAAGACAGAGGUCCCUGCCUUCAUGGCGCUGACAUGCCAACCAGAGGAUCGAACAGCAGGCACAAUAAAUAAGUAAAAUAUAUAACAGCGUAAAUGGUGAUAAGUGCUCAGAAAAAGCGGGGAAGAGGGAUGGAGAGUAAGGGGGCAGCUGCAAUUUCCAUGAGGAUGGUCUGGGAGACCUCACGGAGAGGGUGACAUUUGAUCUGAGGGAGGAGCCACAUGGGCCGAGCCGUCCAGGCGGAGGAACAGCCUGUGCAAAGGCCCUGAGACAGAAACACAUGGCCAGCCCUGUCAGAGUGUCAGUGAGGAGGCCAGAGUGGCUGGAGCAGAGCGAGU